AAGAAGUAUUCUGUCGUUGGUUUGUGUCGUAGUUGCGCUUGUAAUCUCUGCAUGCCUUUUGUUGUGAAAGUUAUAUAGAUUUGGCAUUUUAUCUUCCUUUCUCUUCUAAAUUUGUCUCAUCUACUAUCAUCAAAUCGAUUAUCUGUUUGGUGGUGGAAUGCUUCCCAGUUCUUGAGGCGGUUAUCUUGUCAUUUAUUCGCUGUUGCUCGCUUGCAUUGCGUGAGAGUGCUCCUUGUGAUAAGCUUCAAAUCGGUUUUUGAGUUUCGAUUGUCAAUUAGGAACAAUGCCUAAGACUUGCAGAGAUCUGAUUCCAGAGCGAACUGUAGAUCCUGAAGUGUUUGCUGAUAUGGAUAAUUUUGAUUUAGUAAACAAUCCAACCGCAUUUGCUAAAUCGCUUCGUCUACAAUUUCCAAAAUUCUCGAAAGGAUUUUCAUCUUCAGAUUUUGAAGAAUUUGUUCAAGAACACGUGGGUGUGGAGAAUCUGAAGUCCCUUGGUCGAUUGAAUUUCCCCAAUGAAUGGCAAAUGGAAGUUGAAUCGAAAGAUGUUCGCGAAAAAUUAAUUCGAUGGGGUAAAACCAAAAUCAAAAACAGAUCUUGUUGGAUAUCUCCUCUUUGUACAUCAGAAAUAAGAGGAUUUGUCCACUGGCUGCCAAACAAAAUCCCUAACCAGAAAGUGAAAGAUCUUUUGAGUGAUUAUGGUGAAGUUUUGUUUGUGGAGAAUCAAAAGCAAGUUCUUUGGAAUGGUAAGGUUGCUAGUGAUUCACGCUACUAUGCCUUAUACUUGAGAGCUGGAAAGUCCAAAGAGGAUCUACCUCAUUUUGCUAAAAUUGAAAACUUUAAUGUGUUGGUUACUGUUCGUGGAAGAAACCCAGCAUGUUUCCAUUGUCGAGAAUCUGGGCACCGUAAAAAUGAAUGCAAAAAAUUCAAGGAUAGAUUAAGCGGCUAUUGCCAAAGACCUAAAAGUACAAUAAAGCGGUACAAGCCUCGUGGGAAGCGUUGGAUUGCAAAAAUCAAAAAUUGCAAAGACGCUGCUGAAGUUCCAGAGAUCCAGACCGACACAGUUCCAACUACACCUGAAACUACUGAGAAAACAGAAGCUACUGAGAAAACAGAAGCUACUCAGAAAACAGAAGCUACUCAGAAAACAGAAGCUACUGAGAAAACAGAAGCUACUCAGAAAGCAGAAGCUACUCAGAAAGCAGAAGCUACUCAGAAAACAGAUGGUUAUAAAUUUUCUUAUAAAAAGAAAGAGAAGGAGAGUAAGAAAGCUCCUAUUACCAAUUCUGAAGUAUUAGCUGCAACAGAGGAGUUGAAAUUGAAAGUGGAGAAGCUAUUUUCUGAAACAUUCAGUAAUUUGGAAAUUAGAAUAGCCAAAAAAGCCAUGGCUCUUGAAAAUGCUAUUCCACCUGCUACUGGAGAUGUUGACAAAAAGAAAAAGAAGAAGAGGAGGAAAAACAAGAAGAAGAAUGAGACAAACCAGCCUGAAUCUUGAGCUUCCUUUUUUUUUUUUUUUUUUUCCUUCUGUUUGUGAAUGACUAAAGUACUAAAUUUGUGUUGUUAUGAUGAAGAAGAAAUUCUAUUUGAUUAUAUAAUAUACAUAUUUGGACAUUAAUUUUUAGUUUUUCAAUAACAGAGGAAAAUUAUUUCUGUUUCACUUGUUAGUGUAAUCUGCAUAAUUGAAUUGCUUUCUAAUUAAUGAUCUUUUUCAUUUUGUUCCAUAAUAAUGAAAAAAAUAUACAUUCUUAUUUCUUAUUAAUCUCCACAACAUGAAUAUAUAGUUUUCUUAUGAAUUUUUUAAAAAAAUGACUCGACUGUGUAGAAUAUAGUGUCAUCAUUUUCGCUUGGAAAAAGUAUUGUGCAUCUAUAAAUUUAUUCAGAUUUCUGAUGUUUUAUAAUGAGAAUAUGCUGAUAUAUUGAUUAAUUUAAUUAGCUGAUAUAUCUCAUAAUUAACUGGAAUAUGCACAUUUAAGUAAUUUGCUAUAACAGCAACUGUUAUCUUGCAUGUGGUUUGUAUAAUAUAAGUAAAUUCAUAUUGUUUAUAACUUACUGAAUAGUGUUAUUUAUUGUAUUAGUGUUAACUUAUAUUUGUGCUG